ACACCUCGCAAAAAAAAAGAUCCUUUUGCACCCAAAGGUCCUGGAAAUGUGUUCUUUUUAUUUUGCAGACUAGAAAGAGAUAAUAUCAAAGACGAAAUGCCCAAUGAAAGCCUCGGAGAUGUUACCCGUGCAUUAGGUCAAAGAUGGAAAGCACUUCCCAAUAGUGAGAAGCAGGUAUUUAAUAUAAAG